AUGAAAGCCAUUCUGUUGCUCCUCGCGAUCGCCUCGAUCGUCACCGCGGCGCUCAACACUACUCAGGCGUAUCACCUCAAGACAGAGCUGAAGUCGGUCGGAUAUGGCAAGAGCCAGUAUGACAAUCUCUGGAUCUCCUCUUACCACACCGGUGCCGGCCUGAGCGAUGUCGUCUUCUCCGACGUUGAAGGCCCCUCCUCUCGCAUCGGAUACCUGGGCCCCACCAACCUCACGGCCAAUGGACAGCAGUUCUACAAUGCCCUCUUCGAUUUCGGCAAUGACUUUCCGUGGGGUCUUUCGAUGGCCGAGAACACCAAUUUUUACGCCGCGUGGCAGCCAGUGAGGGUCAAUGCGGGCGUGAGCGGAACGCAGCCGAGCGUUUCGGGUUUCUUCAUCAACGAGACUGGCCUGCAAUGGACGACCGCCCUCAACGCGCCGGGCACGUUCAACGAUGAAUUUGGAGGCUGGAUCGUCUGCGACUGGUGGCACGGAUACCCUCAGCUGUUCUUCCGCAUCAAGUACUACACUACGCCAGCCCCAGCCAGCUGCGCGGAUGUCUACCUGAAGCCCGUCUCUUCACCGAAAUGCAGCCAGUGCGACAAACCGGCCAGCUCGCUGAAGCGGUGUGCAAAGUGCAAAAGCACUUCGUAUUGCGAUCGAGCCUGUCAGACCGCGCACUGGAAGGUUCAUAAGAAAAUCUGCGCAAAGCUCGCCGGCAGUGGAGGAGAUGAAGGGCCCUCCACUGGCGCGGAAGUGCCACAGCGGUCCGACUCUAAACCGUUCACCGCCAUCUACCACAACAAUUUCCUCCACGACCGCUCCGAGGAGGAGACAUUCAAGAUCCUCAUCGACACGCUUCGCAUGCGCCAGGAAGACAUGUACUCCUUUCAUGGCGACACGAUGCCGGGAACAAUCUACGAUGGCUCAUCCACGUCAAUUCCCGCAUUCCGCCAAUUCAUCCGCAAAGCUCAGGCAGUCGAGGGCUUUCUUCCGCCUUGGUGGACCGACGCGAAGCUGGAGCAAUGCAUUCGCUUCUCGAAGGAUGAGGGUGGCUUCUCCCUCGCGGGCGCGCAGGAAAAGUCGGAUAUUCAAGAGACCUGGAAAGAUACGCAGAUGCCUAUGAAGGUCCGUAUGUUGGGAGAGAGAGUCUAUGGCACCGCGCCGGGCGGGAGGAAGGGAGAUGAAAUGCUCGCGACGAUGGUCGGUCUCGAAUGUCGCUCGGCGGGACCACAAUUCAGCACGAUGAUGGACAUGGCUGGCCUGCGCUGA